UGAAAAGUCCCAAUGUGCUUUAUCUCUUCUGCUCCUUUUCUUUUUUUUUCGCUCCCUUCGAAUUUUGUCUUGCCAGCGAAGCUGGAAUGGGUCAUCCAUCUAGUUGUUUUGGGAAUCCUCCUUGUUCUUCUUGUCUAAUUUACUGCCUGUGGACUCGUUCAAAUGUAUGUCGGCAUGCGCGCUGCUGCAAACAAGGCGACCUGUGAUGGACCGAGCAUCGAAAGCAGCCUGGGACAUCAUAUUGUCAGAGCAAGGAAUCGGCAAAGAGAUCGAGCAGGAAGUGCGGAACAUUUAUUCUGCCUUGAGUGGUUCACAGGAGAAGGAACAGCAGCCAGACGGAGGCGGCGAGCAGUCCGGCCAACAGCCGACUACUGGGCAAGCGACGAUCCCGGCAACAGCGACGAUCCCGGCAACAGCGACGAUCCCGGCACCCGAUGCAGCAACAGCAAUGCCUGCAACCCCAGUGACGGCAAUGAAAACCACAGCACUGCCAUCGACGCCAGCCACCAUGGCAAUGCCAGGAGUCGUCGUAACCCCAACGACUCCGGCGGUUCCAGCAACGACUCCAGGAACGGUUCCGCCGACCCCUGCACCGGCUGCAACGCCAGCAAGGGCAACGGUACCCGCGACAACUCCAGGAACUGCAGCAACCCCGGUAGCUCCGCCAAUUACGGCGGGCCCAGAAGCAACAGGCCUGGGAACAACCCCAGGAUCCCCAACUGCAAUUCCAGCAGCAGCCCCGGGAACAACAGAAGUCGCUGGAACGGCAGAAGGGCCAGCAACGACACAAGGCGAUGGAAUGACAGAAGACCCUGGAAUGACAGAACGGCCCGGAACGACAACAGAAGCGCCAGUCACAGUUCCAGCAGAAGCCCCAGGCACCACAGCGGACCCAGCUGCAGUUGCAGAAACAACCCCUGAAACAACAGCAGACCCAGCCACAGAUAUACCAGCGGUGGCAACAACAGUACCGAUGUCGACGGUGGAGCCAGAAGCGGCGACAUUCUCAGAGCCAACGCCACAGCCAGCCCCACUACCCCCUCAACCCACAGCUUCUGAGGGGUCUGAUGAAAAGAGCAAUCAGGGUGCAGAACCAGUCACGGAGACUCUUCCUGAGCACGAAUCCCCUGCGCCGACACCGACAAGCGAAAGCACCCUUCCCCAGCUGGAAGAGUUGGCGCCUAGUGUGGAACCGAUGGAUGAAGACAUGGCAACAACAUCAGCAGCUUCUCUUGAUAAUGAGGGCAAGGAUAGCUGAGUGAUGUUCUUAUUACUUCCUGACAUAUAUGAGUAUAUAUGGCUAAGCCCAUAUUUCCGUGCCCUCCGAACCGUGCGAAAUAGUUGCCGACAUAUGUGGGUAUAUAUGGCUAAGCCCGUAGAUGGUGUAUAUGGGCAAGCUACGAAGCUCAGUGCAGUCUAUGUGUAAGUGUACAAUCGCCCCAUUUGAUUUGACAAAUCGAUAGGUACAAGAGUACCCCCCCCAAUGACUUGACAGGGGGGGGGGGUUACAUCGCGAGUCGAUCUCUGACGAGAAGCGCAGCCUUGGGACAAUGUGCCCCACUGGGAAUGUCUUCAUCUCCAUGGUCUAGCGACGAAGUUGACGCCUUUCUUGACGUUUUUUCUUUUCUAUUGCCUUCAGAGCUAUCUCAACAAAGAUCCGCCACAUCACUGUCAGCUUUUUCACAUCUGGCUGAUCGUAGGGAUGGGCGCAGCUGCUGUGCUAGGCGUCACAACGUUCAGAGCAGUUGUGUCUCAGCCAAGCUUUCAUUUGGGCUACACGCGUGUCGACGUCCACUGGUCCCUCUCCCACCAAAUGAAAGCUUGGUUGAGACGACUGCUCUGACCGUGACAACUAACACGGCAGGUGCACCCAUCCCUGCUUUUAGCCAGAUGUGAAAAAGCUGACAGUGAUGUUGUGGAUCUUUCUUUGUGAAGGCAGCUCUGACGGGAAUAGGAUGAAGGCAGCUCUGACGGCAAUAGGACGAAGGCAGCUCUGACGGCAAUAGGACGAAGGCAGCUCUGAUGGCAAUAGGACGAAGGCAGCAACUGUUUUUCAGACAAUGGAGAUGAAGAGGUUAGCAGCGGCACAUUGUCCGAGUGUAUAUGAGAGAGGAGACAUGAAAAGCCCCCUUGCCCCCCCCCCCCUCUCCCUUACAGUGGUUUGGGCUGUACAGAGGAGAUGUUCUGGAGUAACGAAAUGCAGAGAGAAGAUUUUCAGUGAACAGUGCGAGCAGGUUUGUGGCUGUGCCUGCGAUGUAGAAGGAGAGGAGAUUUGAGGGAGAUUCACGAAGGGGCAGCUUGUGGUAACAAAAAGAGGGGGAGAUUCGAGGGCAUGACUGCAGAAUGGAGCUUGUCACUAGGAUAUGAGGAAAAGGCACUUGCAUCAUUAUGUGUGGAAGAGGACAUGGUGGUGGUGAUGGAGAAGGUGUCAGUAUGCAGUCAGAGUUCUUGGUUUUGAGGGAACUGUUUCCCUGGAUGAACGGAAUGUG